UUGUGUGUGAGUACAGUAGUAUGUGGUCCUUUUUCUCUCGCGAUUCGUCGAAAGACUUCCCAUACGAAAUCGGCGAACCGGUGCAACAGUUCGACGCAAAGAGCAUCUGGGCACUGCACCGUGGCAAGCGGAAAGCAACCAACGAUGAGGUGUCCGUCUUCACGUACGACAUCCGGAACGGCACGGAAAUCAAACUGGAGCUAGCGAAGGUCGCGGUGAAGCGACUGAAAACGCUGCGCCAUCCUAGCAUUCUGCAAUUUCUUGACAGUCUGGAGACGGACAAGGUCCUGUACGUGGCCACCGAGUCGGUGGAACCACUCGGGACGCACUUCAACGGGUUGGGCAGCGAUGGACCACAGCGGGAUCUCUACCUCUCGUGGGGCAUCUUUCAGAUUACGCGUGCAUUAUCGUUCCUCAACAACGACGGUAAUCUGCGGCACAACAACGUUUCGGUUUGGUCUGUGUUCGUGAACACAUCCGGCGAGUGGAAACUGGGCGGUUUGGAAUAUGUCUCGCCCGCGGAGAUGCCGGCAACACCGCCGAUUAAAAUACCACCUUCACUUGAAAUUUACGAUCCACCUGAGCGAAACGAUGCUAACAAGCUGAAGACGGCCACGAAGUGCUCCAGCGAUAUGUGGGGUCUCGGGUGUCUUGUGUGGGAAUCGUUCAAUGGUCCGUUGAAGACGCGUGGCAAUCUGAAGAAUAUCGAGGGGAUUCCUAAAUCGCUAGCCCCGCUGUACUGUGAGUUAGUUGGGGCGGCGCCUGCAAGCCGUCCAAAUCCCGCAGAUAUCAUCACGAAGUGCCGCAAACCUGGCGGAUUCUUCAAGAACGAUUUAGUCGAUUCGCUUCUAUUUUUGGAGGAAAUACAAAUUAAGGAUAAGGCGGAGAAGACACGAUUUUUCAGUGGUCUUACUGCACAGCUGGACAACUUUCCUGACACAGUCUGCAGGCAUAAAAUACUUCCUCAAUUAAUAACGGCCUAUGAGUACGGCGAUGCAGGGUCGGCUGUGUUGGCACCGAUGUUUAAGCUAGGGCGCCUGUUGGAUGAGGCUGAGUACCAGAAGCGAAUCGUGCCGUGUGUGGUGAAGCUGUUCGCUUCCACGGACCGUGUAACGCGAUCACGUUUGCUGCAACAGCUCGAUCUAUUUAUUUCGCACCUCCAGCCAAACGUAGUGAACGACCAAAUUUUUCCCCAAAUAGUGCACGGGUUUCUUGACACUAACCCAACCAUCCGGGAACAAACCGUCAAAUCUAUAAUUCAUCUUGCACCGAAGCUGAACUAUAACAAUCUCAACGUAGAAGUGUUACGCCAUUUCGCACGACUUCAAUCUCGUGACGAUCAAGGCGGCAUACGCACGAACACAACCGUAUGUCUUGGCAAAAUAGCCCCACACCUUCACCCGCAGGUACGACAACGUGUUCUCGUGUCGGCGUUCAUACGAGCAAUGCGGGAUCCGUUUCCACCGUCUCGCGUCGCUGGAAUUCUGGCGCUUGCCGCAACCCAACAGUACUUUUUAUUGAGCGAGGUAGCCACACGCAUCUUGCCUGCCCUCUGCCCCCUCACGAUGGAUCCGGAAAAGUCGGUACGUGAUCCGGCAUUCAAGACGAUUCGCGGCUUUCUCGGCAAGCUUGAAAAGGUAUCGGAAGAUCCCAGUCUGAGGGAAAGCAUGGAGGCUGACGUUCAUACGGCAACACCGUCUUUGGGAAAUGCUGCUGCGACGUGGGCCGGUUGGGCCGUGACAGCCGUGACUGCCAAAUUUUAUCGCAGCCAAAGUGACACUGCCCGUCCGCGGCCUCCACUAACUGGUAAAACAUUGAGUAAACCUGCUUCUUUGGAACAACCAUCAAGUAGCAGCAUUUCGACUACGACUAGUAGCGUCACGUCAAUGACUUCACUAGAGCACGAAAGUGCGGACACGUCGGCUUCGGCCAGCGACUACGGACCCGACAACUGGGAUCAUGAAAAUUGGGGAGAUAUGGAUACCUCGCAAGAUCCAAGCAGUCCAAUGGCCGCAACAUCCAAUCAGCUCAAUACUAACCUGAACAUGAUUGGAAGUGUCAACGACGUGAGAGACGGAUGGGACAAUGAAGAUUGGGGUAGCCUUGAGGAAGAUCCGGAUGAAGACGAACACAAUCAGGCGCAGCAGAAGGAGGCAGCACUGUUACUACCUUCGCCAUAUGUUGUUUCUUCCUCGAUCAACAGCACCAAUGCCAUCACUAGUAGCACUCCUUUCAUUGGCAGUAGUUCAACCAACAUUAGAAAUGCGACCUUAAACACCGCAGUCAGCAGCAGCAGCAGCAGCAGCAAUAACAGUACGACCAACAAUACGACUAGUUCAUCUAUUACUGGCAACACAGUUGCAAAGCCGACAGCCAACAACAGCAAUAAUAGCAACAGUAACAGUAGUUGCAGUAGCAGCAGUAACAGUGCCACUCACAGCAACACCAACAACAACCUAACCAAUCACAUGAAUAGUCCGAGCAAGAUGAUUGCUUUGAAAAAUAUGAACAAUCUAUUGAAUAGUACGAGCAGUAUGCCCACCACGAAUACCGCCAAUUCCAAUGUAAACUGGAACAGUAGGGACGGUUGGGGUGACGGAGACUUUGAGCCCCUGGACGAGCCGAGCACGGGCAAUGUAAAGCUUGAAGAAGCACGUCGGAAACGGGAGGAAAAGAAAAUGCAACGUCAGCGUGAAUUAGAAGCCAGAAGAGCAGCUCGUGCAGUAGGUGCAGGAAGUGGCCCAUUGAAACUAGGUGUGAAAAAGGUGUAAUUCGGUUAAACGGGAGACGAAUGAAAACUGGAGUAGGACAAUUGAUGGUUGAAUGCGAGAGAGAAAAACAGGAGAAGGCCAAAUUAAGUGAAGGAGGAUGUUCUAUUUUCUGUUCAUCGUAAUCAAGCAAAGUGGACUCCCGCUUGACACGGUCACGGUCGAAGCACUUGAGGAAGCCUUUAUAAACUUUAAUAUUUCAUAAGAUACUACGAAUGCCAAGACCUGUACCAAUCCCAGGAUCUGUAAAGAAAAGCCAUUCAAUUUAACCACAAAACAGAUCAUGUUGUCAUCGCAGUUGGCGAAUGUGGUCUCCUUUCUAUCAUGGACUAUCCGACGGCGGAUGUUUGUUUUUCCCUUAUCUUUCAAUAUGUUUUCGUAGGAUUUUUUAAAACUAUUUCCACGAAGUGGUGUGUGUAUAUAGAAGUCUCUCGUAAAGGCUUACAAUUAGUUUUUGGUUGUCUACUUUUCUAUUUUUACCUUUGGUAUUUUUUUGCUAAUCUAAGUUUAGGUGUGAUUAUGAUCUUGAAAAAUGUAAUCAAACCGAUAUAAACCUAGCAUUCCGAUAAAUUGAUGUCGUGGUAGGAUAUAGGUUGGACGAGGACGAAACAUUGAAACACAAAAAAACUGAACAAUUUGAAACGGUUUGAAGAAGGAGAUGGCAUGAAUUGCCACUUUACGGCAUGAACAGUCAAUAGCUUUAAUAGAAAAUAAACGAAUUUAUUGUAUUGGCCCAACGUGAUUGGAGAACUUUCCAUUGUCGUGAACCGUGCUCUACUUUGUCGCUUAAGUGUUUAUGCGCACCCCGACGAGAUCUUUGAUAUCGUUUGGUUCGUUCAUUUGGAAGAAAGGCAACCAAGUCGCGUUACAACUCCUCCAGACAGGCAUUUUUGUAAAUCUCAUCGUUUUUGAUAAUCUUUGUGGAAAACUUAAUUGAAAUUUAAAACUUUUUUCGAUGUAAUUAAGACGAAACUAAAUGUGGUAAACGUUUACGGAAUUAACGAACAGCGGCCGUAAAAAACUAGUCGUGGUAUAACCAUAGUAGAAAGUGCAAUACAUUAAUAGAUCACAAUUUUUAUGCUAGCAGGCCGCGCAUUUACCGCUCGUUAAUAAUCCUUAAGCUCGGUAAGAAUGCAAAAUGCUCAGCUUAAAAUUUUGGAUGACCACAAAUCACCAGCACCAGUUUUGAUUUGAAACCAGAUGCUACAUCUGCAGUGCGUCUGUACCAUAAUUCUAUUUCCCCCCCUGGCUCCUCGAGUAUACGGAAUCCUGGAUGAAUCAAAUCUAGAUAGGUAGAGUAAACUAUUUGUCAAACAAAAAAGAAACAAACAAACUCUAGGUAGCGUGAAAUUCGUAAUAGAAUUAAUAAAAGCACUUUAGACAUUUUAAAUAAAUACAGCGCACGACCACAAAAGAAAAUGUUCGUAACAUAAACAGAAAACAAAUUAAUUCUGAUGAAAGUGACAUUAAAUAACUAUUGAUAAAAUUUGCAGUACAUCUAUUAAUACUACGUUACAUCAGAUGAUUUCAGAGAAGUUUCCGAAAUGUAACCACUAGCAAUAUUAGAGAAACCAAAAUUUAUUAAACCACCUUUAAGUUCUACUAUUGGCUUGCCUCUUUUUCUUCUGUUUCAAAUCAUUCUCCGGUAUUCAUGUUUUGUUAACUACAAAACACUACUGUUACGGUUGAAGCUGUUCCGGCCCGUGCAACUGUCUACCGCUACGUCGAGAAAAAAAUCGAAUUUUCAGUUUUAUCUUUUCUAGAAAUUAUCUUCAAAACUAAAUCGCCCAAAUUGCUUUGAAAAACGAUGUGAAAUAUCCAUGCUGGGUAAACGAUAUCACAAGAAAAACUCUGUUACUCGGAUCCCCAAACUCUAAAAACGACUGUUUGAACAUUAAGUUGUACUAUACAGGCUAUAGGAAAUCUUCCCACAUUUUGGUUUUGAAACCGAUGGGUGAGAUGAUGGGGGAAAAACUUCCAGCCCGUACCUUAGCUAACGUUACCAACAAUCCUAUACUAUAUAGAAAUUAGACAAAUGGAACAAAUAUACAACAAUCGACUAUUGGUGAAUUUUUGGCCGAUGUAGAUAAAUGAAAAUUACUCCAAAGAAAAAACAUAAAAAAUCAAGAGAAAAAUUCUUGUUAUUAUCAUUUGAGAGAUUUUGAGCUUGAAGCUUCUUUCAUCUACACAAAAAAAUUCUUGUGGUCGAUCGGUCUCUCGAAAGUCACAUAUUAGCUGGUACCUUGGCAUAAAUACAAUCUAGCUGAGGUAUAAAGGGAAACAAAAACAUUAGAAAAGCAAGCAACAUAAUGCCUUUUAUAGUAAGAAUCACAAAAGGAUUAUUUAUGUACGUAUAGCUAAAACGUUUUUUUAUUCAAAUAGUUUGCACAAUACUUGUGCAGAACAGCGGGUCGGUGCUAGAAACAUUUGAAAAUUGGAAAAAUUAUACUCGACAAGGAUUCGAAGCAAACUGAAAAAGCAAGCAAAGUAACAUGAGCAAGUAAUAAAACAACGGCGAGCAUGAGAUACAAACGAAUAUUGUUAAUACCGAGAGUUUUUUUGUAUAGCAAUCGCAACAUUAUUCAAGCAAUUUUCAUUUCGAAUAUGGUAAAGGUUUGAAUGCUGCUUCCUAUGCAAUACUAUGAAACAUAGGGUACCAUGAUCGAAGGAAUUAUUUUGAUAUUUUUUCCAUUAUUUUAUAUUUUACUAUGUUCUUUCUACCUUGUUACUAAAUGUUUACAUUUGAGAGAACGUUUUAGAAAUUGUGGUACUUCCCGAGUUUGAGCCACAUAGACAGU